AUGACUUCCAACGGCUUCCGGAUAGAUGACUUCCUCGCAGGAUGGGUCGGAGGGGCAUCCAGCGUGGUGGUGGGACAUCCUCUGGACACUGUCAAGACGCGGCUCCAAGCUGGAAAAGGCUACAAGAGCACCAUGCACUGCAUCGUCACCACCUACAGGAAGGAAGCGGCGGCAGGCUUCUUCAAAGGCAUGUCCUUCCCCGUGGCCACCAUCGCGGCCUACAACUCGCUGGUUUUCGGCUUCUUCAGCAACGCGCAGCGCUCCAUCUGCAAGCGGCGCUAUGGCGACGAGCGCCACCCCGCCGGAUUGGUCGACGUGGCCGCCGCCAGCAUGCUGACCGGCCUGGUGUCGGUGAGCCUCGGCGCCCCCAUCGACCUGGUCAAGAUUCGGCUACAGAUGCAGACCGCUGGCAGGGCAGAAAGUUUCCAGUUGGCGGGCAGCAUGUCAUCUCACGGCGUGACGGCGGCGCCGGCGGGCGCGCGCUCGCUGCACGUGGCCAACAGCGCCGGCGGCGCCAUCAACGUGUACCGCGGGCCCGUCCACUGCAUCAACAGCAUCGUGCAGCGCGAGGGACUCCGGGGUCUGUACCGGGGGGGCGUGGCCAUGCUGCUCAGAGACAUCCCCGGCUACGCGCUCUACUUCGUUCCCUACGCCGUCUUCUGCGACCUCCUCAAAAGCGACGGCGCCACCGCACCGCACCCCUGCGCCAUUUGGUUAGCCGGCGGACUCGCAGGUGCCAUUUCCUGGGUGACGGCCACGCCCGCUGACGUGGUGAAGAGUCGCCUGCAGGCCGACGCCCACCUGCACAGGAAGUACAACGGCGUCCUUCACUGCAUUCUACACAGCUACAAGACCGAAGGCGUACAGGUGUUUUUUCGCGGCGCGUCAGUGAACGCCAUCCGCGGCUUCCCCAUGAGCGCCACCAUGUUCUUGGGCUACGAGCUAUCCUUGCAGUUCUUCCAGCGCUUUUAG